AGUGUCCUCAGAGAUCUUUUCCCACUCAAUCGAUCCUCUGAUUCUGGGAUAUCCACGCUCUGAGCAAGGAAGGGCCUUGCUACCCAUGCCCCAGGUACCUUCCUGGCCAUCCCGAUCACUCCAUGGUCACAGCUCCUACUGCUGGAAUUUGCUGUGGGAGGGGGCCACUGCAGGUGCCCCAUGGAGUUGACUGCUGUAAUUCAUUAGUGCUGUUGAAAUAGUUUCCUCUGAAAAUGAGUUUUGUAGUGUUCCGAGUUCUCCUUCCUCAAGUACAAGACAUUUCCUGCCUCUUUCCCUCCCUGCUUGAACAUACUCUUCUUCUGCUUGCAAACAUUGGUGCAAUUAAUAUAUUUGUGAGAAACAAGGGAGAUAAACUGAGCACAAUUUUUGUACACUCUUACUUUCUCUUGAUUCCAUUUUGUUGUACACUUACUCUGUUAUUUUAAGAAGUCUGGUACAAGUACAGAUAAAGUCAUGUGCCUUGAAAAAAGGCGGAGCAGAAAGUUGGCACUGAUUGGUUGCACCUGUAGGGAAGAGAGAUAAGAGCAAACCAAGAGCUACAACUGAUAAAAAGCUGCUGUGAAGACUUGCCCAGCCUGGGAAAGGAAGUUCUGAGCUCCCUAGGCUAAAAGUGGAGGUUAGAAGUGAAAGGAAAAAUGGAGCCUCCAGGAGGUGAGCAGAAGAUUGCAGAGGUCUCUCUAGCUGAGCUUCUGAGGUGUUUUGAGCAGCCUUUAAGUGAGGAGCAAGCCUGGGCUAUCUGCUUUCAGUGUUGCAGAAAAAUAGAGCGGUUGGCCCACAGCCUUCCACUCCAUUCUGUGUUCAUAAAGGGUUGUGAGAGCAUCUUCAUCCAUGCUGAUGGUACUGCUUCCUUCAAGCUCUACAAGUCUGAUGUCGGCAGCAUUCAGCAUUCAGAGGACAAGCUGUUGGAGUAUUUGGGAGGGGUGAUCUAUGAAGGCCUAGACUGGGGACUCAGCAGCCACAUGGAGCGAGAACUGAGUGAUCCUUUGGAGAAACUGCUGCGGCUCAUGUUGAAACUGGAUGACAAGGCAACAAAACCACCAGUCACCAUGCAGGAUGUUAUCAAGGCCUGUGUGGAGCGCUUGUCCAGGCCUUCUGAGGCUACCAGCCAUUAUGAAAUGACCUGUAAGAAUCUGUUUACUGAAUAUAUGGAACUGCAGAAGCUUAUGACUGUCAUCCAGACCUCCAAAAAAAGACUGAGAGAAAUGGAUGUGGAAGAUUGGGUGGAAAAUCCCAUUCAAGAGAAGAAAACCCAUGGUGCAUCCCCAUGGCGCAGGGUCAUAUGUGAGCUGCAGGCUGGUGUGAAGCUGCGCAAGGCUGCUGAGCGACCACAGCGUGUGUCUUCAAAUGAACGUAUUCGCUCUCUCUAUGAGCUGCUUUUGGAUGACAUUCAGCACAAGAGGUACACCCUGCGGAAGGUGACCAUCAAGCAAAAGCACGGGACCAGCAAAGCUGAUGUAGCUACUCUCAAGCCUCAUCUAGAACUGAUUGUGAACAUCCUGUCUUCUGGUCUACAGGAAAACACUCCCAAGCUGCCUGCCAGCACCUGCCUUUCCUCCACCAGGCCAUCAGGAGUAUCCUGCAGCAGCACAGGUCUCGCUGCAAAUUGCACAUUUCCUCCCAUGAGUGCACCCACACCAGGAGACAUUAAGCCUGAGUGUUUCCUGAGCACUGGCCAACAGCAGCUGCUUCCUUACAGAGGAAGGUCAAAGUCUUUAGAGAGAGGCCUUCAAAGCAAGGAGCUUGACUGUCACUUUCCUACCAAGUGCCCAUCACCAACCAUUGCUGAGCUGAUAGGAACUAAAUAUGCAAUGAUGGUGCUCAAAGGGCAAGGCCUCUUCCAAGGAGGUAGUGGUGAUGUCUUUCUAAGAGCAAAGAUCUGUUUCAGCUGCCGUAAGCAGAUGUUUCUUAAGUGGCCUUACAAAUGUUACCUCUGCAGCAGGGUUGUCUGCUGUGACUGCUGCAUUAAGAUGUCCAUGCCCUUCAGAACAUGUGUACACCUCCCACUGCAAUUCCUAAAAUUUUUGAGACUGUCUGGAGGGGAGGAUCCAGCUACUCAGGAACAGAAGAGGUCUGAGUUGCUACAUGAAAUGGAGCAGCAGCAGUAUUUUGGUGUGCCCAUUGUUUUGGAGCCCCGUGGCCUAGCACAGCCCCUGUGCUGUUACACAGGGACCAUGGCAAACUGGCUGACUGCAGACAUUUGUACAUGGUGUGAGCAAUACCUCUUGAAUGUGACUUCCAGUCAACAGCACAGCAUCCCUCUCAGGAGAUUUUCCUGGGCUUGAACCAAACUGGAAUGAUUCUACCAUACAUGUCUCCUGUCACUUCUUGUGUACCUGAAAUAAAUAAAACAGCUUUAUGUACCUACUGAUGUAAAGGUCUGAAUGGAAGACCUCCCUGCUGGUUAGUCUAAGCAGGAAGCACAGUUAGCAUUUCUGUAUUGUGAAGUAUUGUAAAGCUUUGUGAAAUGUUGUAAUUCUUUCUGUGUCUUGAAUAAAAUAAAUGUUGAAGUAUU